AUGGCGACUCCAGUGCGGCGGUCUGCCCGUCUCAGAUCUAUUACUCCAGCAAGUGAGCCCCAAAAGCAAGCCUCUAAGCAUUCCACCAAGCUCGUCUCGGUCGCCGAACGCGAUGAAAACCCGGUCUUGUGCUCCCCGGAAAACAGUCGAACUGUUCCCGCAACCCCUCCGACCCAUUCCACUUCCAUUACUCCAGCUGCGGGGCCUCCUUCAAACGCAUCUCUGAAAACUCCAAAGACGGUAGGAGCAUUGAAAUUAGGCCUCGGGGAGAUGCUACUCAGCAAAGUGCACCACACCACCCCAAAAAAACCUGACUCAGGCGUUUGCUUGGGAUUUAAACCCAUCCAGAAAGAUCCCCAUCAUCCUUCAAACGCAUCAGCCGCAACUCCAACGAAAUCCAGACUGUCAGUGGCAGACCAGCUAGACACUCCGAGCUUUAGCAUACAGUUCUCCUGUGAGGAUUCACAGCUUAGUGAGGAAGCCCAAAAGCUUAUGGAAAAUAUCCGAGAAGACGCGUCCAGGAUUAAGGCACAAAUGAUAAUGGAACAAAACGCGCAGAAACACAAAUCUACGGAGGCUGGGCAAGCAUUUGGGGUCAGAAAGAUUGCGAAAGCAAAAGGGAAAGCAGGACGGUUCAGCAAUGCUCAUAUGGCGGAAUUCAAAAAGAUGGAUUCGAUUGCUGGACACCCUUCUUCAUUUAGAGUACGCCAGGAAAGGAUUCAUCCCUCACCAGUUAAACCAUCUCUCAAGAGAACCAGCUCUAAAGCCUGCCUUGAUGAGGUAGCUUCUUCUGUGAAGUCGACGGCUUCCUUCGCGUCUCCUACAAAGACGAUUGCAAAUAACCCAGUCAAGCGCUCAAAGUCUUCCAAUAUCGACAGCACACCGGCCCGAAAACCUUUGUUCAAGGACGGACUGUCCGAUAAUAAACUCGAUCCCAAAUCUGGGCAAGACGACCCGCGGUCUUUAACUACCCCAACGAAAUCAGCGAUUUCCCGUGCGUCAAGCGUGAAACAAAUCAAGACCACCAGAAUUCCGAACUUCCCCUGCUCCCCUUCAACGAAGUCAAUCGUUGCCCCACGAACUCCGCAAACAGAGUUCAAUCCAAAACUCAAAACUACACUACCAAGCCUUACCAACCUCAAGUCAAUUCUCCGGCGACGUCAACCCCUUUUCUCAAACGACCCUGUUAAGAUUGCUGCAGGUACUCAUGUAGCGCCGCCAGCGAAAACUUUUAACAUACAAGAGGCCCCAACUGUAAAAAAGCAUGUCGAUUUUUCUGCCAGCACCAAAGUCCGUCAUGCGUUUGCGGAUCUAUCCCCAACAACGUCUUCCAAAAAUUUACCUCCUGAGCCAGCAAAAUCAGGAGUGAUUUCCUAUCCAACUCUUCCGCCAACAACACCUCCGAAGUCUAGUAAAGCUGCAAAACUCGCCUUUGGAAACAGUCCUACAAUCAGAGCUGUAGGCGCAUCUGAAGUUCAAUAUCCGUCAUUUCCAAACCACGCAACCAUUCCUCACGGCAUCAUGAACAAAAAACGACGACGCGAUGAAGAGGAUGACGAGGAUGUUGAAAACAAGAUGCCAGAGAACUCGAAGUGCGAUGAGCGGAGCCAAAAGAGGCUGAAACCUACCCCUGCCAUCACAAAUAUUCAUACGCCAAGCCCAAUCAAGAACCGCCCAAUGCAACAUGGAACUCCGGGUAUUGGAACCCCAAGUCGGUCAAUACAGAAAAGUAGAGGUGUCUUGAGCAUGAGCCGCCUAAAUAUGCUUUCAAAGCCGAAGACACGCCGCUAG